AUGGCCAACAAACUAGGUAAUAAGACCGAGUUAGCCGACCGGGCGGCAAUCUCUCACACCCUCGAGCUUGCGAAGCGUGACACACAGAAGGUCAAGUGCUGGAUAAGCGAAGCCCUUGACGGCGAGAUGACCUGCCGAAAGCACAGCGAAUACUUCUCCACCAUUGUCUACACUCGAGGGGAACUCCAGAAGCCCACCCCAGGGCCGGACGGGAGAACGGAUGACUAUCUUCGUGGAAAGAUCGAAGUUGUCCCUUCUGAGAAGAGUUGCAUUUUUGACUUGCCUAUCGCCGAGAGGGAGGGUAUCCCUGGGUUUUGUUUUCCUAGGUGUUCCCCCGAAAAAGAGACCAGCUUCAGGGAGGAACUCAUGAACCACCACUUUGCAAACCGCGUCCACGUCUAUGAUCGUUUCAAGGGCGAGGAGUAUAUGGACCGCCUGUUGGACCAGGCAGCGGUGCUUCUUGACGGGAUCAAGAAGCGUGUGUCGGAGGCACCAAGAGGCGACGACAUCAAGUCCCUUGAUGCAGCCAUCGAGGCGCUCACAGUUGUUGACUUCACCGAGGUCGUUGAGGAGACCCCCCUUCUAAGCACCAGGUUGCUUGACAAUGUUCCCUUUUCUGUUGACUUGUUUGGCGGACAGAACGGCCCCAACGCUCAGGCGUGGACAAGACGGCUGAAGCCAGACGACUCCCUUCUCGAGUGCCAGCACAUACGCCAUCUCAUGAUUCGCAAAGGUGACAAGCUAUUGUCUUCGAUAGCGCGCCGCACUUUUUCUUCCCUGAUCCCCCUUCAACAGUUGGCGGAUAUCGAUCAUGUUGCUGUGGAAAGGUACUGCCGCGAUCGAGAUGCCUUGUUUGACCUCGAAUGGUCGCUUCUCAGCAACCUUGAGAGCCUCUGUCUAGACAUCCGUGGCAUCCCUGAAGACAGGCGCCAACCACUCGAGGCCCUGUUCGUCAAGCUGGGUAAGCACCUUCGUCUCAAGACCCUUGUUCUCAUCGGUGUCCCCCACCUGAUUGACUCCAACUCGGUCGGCAGUAAGGAGUAUGUUGCGCAACAAGAGGAUGACGAGUUUCUGGUAUUCCCAGGGGAUGAACACAAUCCUGACACCAAACUCACCAACUACAUCCACUUCCUCAAGGAAUGCCUUCGCCCAGGCGGCGAGCUGCGCCUGGUUGUGCCCAACUCCCAGACUUGA